AUGGCGCAGAGCGAGAAGCCGGAUAUCAUUCCCGGCACCGACAUCAUAUUCACAGGUCAAGAUGCCCGAGAAGCGAGCGCGAGCGAGAUCGUUCUCAUUCCUCAGCCGUCGUCGAGCCCGGACGAUCCACUAAACUGGAGUCCAACAUGGAAAUCCGUCGUCAUCGUCAACCAGUUCGUCUUCGUGUUCGUGAGCAUCAUGACGCCCAUGGCCAUCGCGCCCAUGACGCUCAUCUUCGAGGCCGAGUUCGGCAAGACCCUCCCCGAGGUCAACAUGCUGUUCGGCGCGGCCGCCAUCACGCUCGGCUAUGCCAACUUCCUCAUCGUGCCUGCUGCCAACAUGUUUGGUCGACGCCCCGUUGUUCUGGUCUGUGGAAUCAUCUGCAUCUUCGCCAACGUCUGGCAAGGACUCGUUACCAGCUACCCGAGCUUCUUGGGCGCGCGCGUUAUUUCGGGUUUGGGUGCCGCGGCGAACGAGAGCAUCAUGCCGAUGGUUGUUGCGGAUAUGUUGUUCCAGCAUCAACGGGGACGUAGUAUGGCAUUAUACUUCUGGGCAUACUUCCUAGGCCUCUUUAUCGGGCCUAUUAUCUCGGGGGCCAUCGCUUCGCAGAUCUCCUGGAGGUGGUUCUUCUGGGUCUGCACUAUCUUGCAAAGUGCAAGUCUCAUGUUCCUCCUGGUCGCCCACCCGGAAACCAAGUACGACCGUCCGACACUACGUAUCCCCCCAGCCACGGAAGUCAAAGUGUCAACCGCCACGCGCAAGCCCAACGACGGCAUAGUAUCCAGCUCCAACUCCUCCGAAGCGCAGAUGCACUCCGCCUCCGCCUCCGCCCUCACCGCCGCGGACCACAACGCCACGGGGCGCCCGUCCCGCGCGCAGUUCUCGCUGCUGCCGCUGCGCAGGCGCCUGCGCUUCGGCCACGGGUACGAGCAGCACACGCGGCGCCUGGCCGCCGUGCUGGCGCGGGACGUGGCCGCGCCCGUCCGGAUCCUCUUCUGCUACCCGAUCGUGCUGUGGGCGUCCCUGUCCAUGGGCUUCGCGGCCAACUCGCUGCUCGCGCUCAACCUCACCCAGACCCAGGUGUUCGGCGCGCCGCCGUACCUGUUCACCCCGGACCAGAUCGGCUACGUCAACUUCGCGUUCGUGGUCGGCGCCGUCGUCGCCCUGGUCACGGCCGGGCCCUUGUCCGAUUGGAUCGCGCUGAGGCGCGCCAGGGCCAACGCCGGCGUGUUGGAGGCCGAGAUGAGGCUGCCCGCGCUGGUGCCGUAUAUCUGCGCGAACCUCGUGGGCAUGGUUAUCACUGCCGUGGGGUACCAGCGCGCGUGGGCGUGGGAGGUCAUUGUUGUGUUGGGAUACUCGCUUGUUGGGCUGCAGGUUGUGGGGAUUCCGGCCGUGGCUAUCGCGUAUGCGGUUGAUUCGUAUAAAACACUUCCUGGCGAGAUUAUGAUCGCUGCUACGAUCGUGAAGAAUACCUUCGGUUUCGGAAUGAUUUUCUUUUUCAACGACUGGGCAACACGGUCCGGGUUCAUUCCGCCGGUAUUGUUGUUAAUGGCGCUCACAUGUGGCUUCUCAAUCCUUGGCCUGGCCGUCUUCAUGCCCUGGGGGAAGCAGUUCCGCCGCUGGACUAAGGACUCCAAACUACAUUCGCUAUAAUGGUGUGAGACGGGAGGGAUUGGUGGCUUUUCUCUAUUAAGUAUACCCCAGGAUUUUCUUGCGGUCUUGUUAAGAAAUUGUUCUCUUCGUGUUGGAUAAUGUUUCCUAUUUUGCUACAUUAUGCUACAUUUUGCCUGCUUCAUUGAGAUUCCCAAGACUUAUAGACACAACAGCCACAUCACAUCAUCUACAAACCCAAUGUAAUAGUCAAAUGUUAUAAACACAACCAGUUUCUAUAU